GUGGACGCUGAAGUGGGUCUGCGCCUGGCUGUCCCUAGAGUGAGAGAGGGAAGGAAGAAGGGACGGAGGAAGGGAGGGAGCGCCGGCCCUGCCCAGUCCUUCCCUGCCCGGCUCGGCCCAUUCGGGCUCUGCCCAGCCUAGUCCAUUCCAGCCCUGCCCGCCCCUUCCCUGCCCAGAGCUCGGGGAGCAUGAGGCUGGUGGUGCCUGGAGGCCGAGGCAGCUAAGGACUGCCGGAGCAGGAGGGGGAGGGAGGGAGAGCAGGAGGGCAGGCAGGCCCAGGAAGCCCUGGGCGGGCUAGCUCGGACCCCAACCCUGACCAUGCUGCGGUUCCCAGUGAAGAAGCUCCGCAAGCAGUUCCGCCUGCUGCUGCUGCUCGUGCUGCUGACCUGUGCCGCGUGGCUCACCUACCUGCACCUGAGCCUCGUGCGCCAGGGCCGAGCCCUUCGGCUGCGCCUCAGCGGAGGCUCCGGCCCAGAUGGAGAGAAGCUGAGUGAGGUCACAGAUGCUGGGAAGGGGGUGGGGGGCCCCCAGGUCGUGUCCCCCCCCAAGAGAUUGGAAGACUCCAGUGAGAGUCUUGAGGAAGACCAGCUGGUGGAGGGGCAGGAGCUGAGCACCUUCCCUGGCCAGACGGGAAAGUCAUCCCCCCUAAACCUCACCCACCAGGUCCCCCUGUGGCAGGAGGAGUACCGGGGGAAGGUUAACCUGCACGUGUUUGAGGACUGGUGUGGGGCCACUGUGGGGAGCCUGAGGAGGAAUCUUCAUUUCCCACUGUUUCCCCAUACCCGCACUACUGUGAAGAAAUUGGCUGUGUCACCCAAGUGGAAGAAUUAUGGACUGCGGAUUUUUGGCUAUAUCCACCCCAGCAGAGAUGGUGAUGUCCAGUUCUCUGUGGCCUCAGAUGAUAACUCUGAGUUCUGGCUGAGCCCAGAUGAAAGCCCAGCAGGUGCCCAGCUUGUGGCCUACGUGGGCAAGACUGGCUCUGAGUGGACAGCGCCAGGGGAGUUCACCAAAUUCAGCUCCCAAGUAUCCAAGCCAAAGCGGCUGUCCUCUUCCCGAAGGUAUUACUUCGAGCUGUUGCACAAACAAGAUGACCAGGGGUCUGACCACGUGGAGGUGGGGUGGCGAGUUUUUCUUCCCGGCCUGAAGUUCGAGCUCAUCGGCUCCUCCCACAUCUCCCUCUACACAGAUGAGUCAACCCUAAAGAUGGAUCACGUGGCCCACGUCCCCCAGUCCCUGGCCAGCCACGUGGACAAGCCGGGCCCACAGCCCAAGGGGCUAGGAGCAGACAUGCUGAGGCCUGAUGCUCGGGACACUUUCUUCCUCACACCAAGGUUGGAGCCGUCCCGUCUGGAGAACGUGCUGGUGCCCUGUGCCUACGCCCCCACCUAUGUGGUCAAGGACUUCCCCAUCGCCCGCUACCAGGGCCUGCAGUUUGUCUACCUCUCCUUUGUUUACCCCAAUGACUUCACUCGACUCACACAUAUGGAAACUAGUAACAAGUGUUUCUACCGGGAGUCACCACUGUACCUGGAGAGGUUUGGGUUUUACAAAUAUAUGAAGAUGGACGAUGAAGACGACAGGGAUGAGGAGGAUGCAGGGCGCGGAGCCUUCCUGUUCCUCGAUUCGGACAGUUUUCUGGAGGAGGAAGAAGAGGAGGCGGAAGCAGAAAGCCCAGAGCCCACAGAAGCCCAGCCCUCCCCAAGCAGGACCACCCCUCCUCCCUGGGGCACGACCGUGAAGAGCAGCCCCCAGCCCCAUCCAAGGAGGGAGAGCCGGCUCGCACGGGCCCUGAGCUGGGCCCACACGGCCCCAGCCACACCCCAGAAUCAUGGCGGAGUCUUGUCUACGUCCCUCUUUCUGGGCCGGGCCCCACCCCCCAGGUCUCCUGCACAGGGGGCUGCCCCACGAUCACCCAAGAAGCCAGAGAAAGUGUAUGUGACAAGGGUCCGCCCUGGGCAGCUCCGGCCCCCUCGGACGCGGCCCCCACGGCCCCGGCCCUGGCUAGCGCAUGGCCCCUGGCAGCCCCCACUGCCUGGCAUCUUUCUCUAUCCCCGCCCCCUUCAGAGGGUGCAUCUGCAGGCGCUUCGCCGGCCUCCAGGCCAUCGGGCCCCAACGGUUGGUCCCACCACAGCCAGGGCGCUAAGGUCCCCAAAUGCUCUCCGGAGGACCUCCAGAGUCAGCUUCACCCAGAGGGCCCUGGACCUGAACACUGGGCUCACAGGCCUGGCCUCAAACACCUCCUCUGAGGGGGGCGAGCCAGUGACCUCUUUCCUUCAUGUAUCGGAGGUGGCCCAGGCCAGGCCGCAAGGGGAAAAGAUGGGGGCGGAGGAGGCUGAGGGUGGCCCAGAGGAGACUGCCACAUCCCAGAACAGUGAAGAGGAGGAGGAGGCCGUCGCCCCGCCCAGGGGCUCCUGGCCUGAGGAUGCUAUCAAUUGGCAGCGAACCUUCAGCGUGGGCGCCAUGGACUUUGAGCUGCUCCGCUCCGACUGGAAUGACCUUCGAUGCAACGUGUCUGGGAACCUUCAGCUGCCCGAGUCAGAGGCUGUGGACGUUGUGGCCCAGUACAUGGAGCGGCUGAAUGCCCUGCAUGAAGGGCGCUAUUCGCUGCUGCGCAUCGUGAACGUGGAGAAGCGCCGGGACUCGGCCCGAGGCAGCCGCUACCUGCUGGAGCUGGAGCUGCAGGAGCGUGGAGGGCACGGACGGCUGCGGCUGUCCGAGUACGUCUUCCUGCGGCUACCACGGGCCCGGGCCGGGGCCGACGGGGAAGACGAGACAGAGGUGGACGGCGAGGGCGACGACGAGGCAGCCCCGGCCCAGACCCCGUCGGAGCUCCCAAGCCACGCUCCCGAGCCCCUGCUCUGCAGGCCAGUUCGGCUCGCCUGGCGCCAGGACGUCAUGGUUCACUUUGUGGUGCCAGUGAAGAAUCAGGCGCGCUGGGUGACCCGCUUCCUCUGGGACAUGGCUUCGCUGCACAAGCUCACGGGCGACACGCGCUUCAGUGUGGUGCUGGUGGAUUUCGACAGCGACGACAUGGACGUGGAGAGGGCGCUGCGGGCGGCACGGCUGCCCCGGUACCAGUACCUGAAGCGUGCCGGGAACUUCGAGCGGGCCUCGGGGCUCCAGGCGGGCGUGGACGCCAUCGAGGACGGCAGCAGUAUCGUGUUCUUGUGUGACCUGCACAUUCACUUUCCCCUCAACAUCCUGGACGGGAUCCGCAAGCACUGCGUGGAAGGAAAACUCGCCUUCGCCCCUGUGGUCAUGCGGCUCAGCUGCGGGAGCUCCCCUGGCGACCCUCAUGGCUACUGGGAAGUGAAUGGUUUCGGUCUCUUCGGGAUCUACAAGUCGGACUUUGACCGAGUUGGGGGCAUGAACACCGAGGAGUUCCGAGACCGCUGGGGCGGCGAGGACUGGGAACUGCUGGACAGGGUCCUGCAGGCUGGCCUGGAGGUAGAGCGACUCCGGCUCCGAAAUUUCUACCAUCACUACCACUCCAAGCGGGGCAUGUGGGAUGCCAGGAGCAAGAGGGGCCCCCAGGACUGAGCUCAGGUUCCCUCUAAGCCUCGGAGUCUGUCAGUGACCCCUUCAAGGGGCCAGGACCCUCAGGGAAGCUCCUCCCUCGGAGGGGAGGGGACUCUGGGAGACAAGCCCUGGCCCCCCUCCACCCAGGCCCUAAAGGAGUCACCCUAAAGGAGUCUGAGAGGUAUCAGACCUUGUUUCCCUUCUGAAAGAAGGCAACCCUGGUGAAGCCCUUCGGGUUAGAGAAGUGGAUACAGCCUUGUCUUAGAGGACCCCCUCACGGGGGAGAGGGGCCAGGGUCCUGGCUUUGGACUGCAAAGUGAGAGAGAGAGGAUAGCACUGGGGUGCCCCCUUUCUGAUGAGCUGGGCAGGCUCUGCAGAGAUAGACCAUUGUGAUUCAGAGAUCAAGGCAGAAGGGGGAAGGGAGGAAAGGACAGCCCCCACUCCCCCUUCCCCCCAGCACCCAGCCUAUUGCAGUGGUUGGUCAGGGGCCCCCCAGAGCACUUGGAGAACAGGUAGCCAUUCCCAAGGACUUGAUCUUGGGGCAAGUGACCAGGGCCCACACUGUGCGAGAUGAUUUCUGUGAAAUUGUGUCCUAGAGAUGAAGUUUUUCACAAUUCCUAACCGUUCUGUCUGUUUGAGUUUUUUAUUCAGAAUAAAAUGAAAUGUUUCAUUUUUUUUCCUGA